AUGCCCCAGACGCUAAGUGCCUCCGACAUGGUCACCCCAGGCAGCCUCAGCCCACCCCCAACAGAGGCCACAGAUGGCGAGCAGGCCAGGCAGCCCCUUCUGGACGGAGCUCCAUCCUCAGCCUCCCUGGACACCCUGAUCCAACACCUGGUGCCCACAGCCGACUACUACCCUGAGAAAGCCUACAUCUUCACCUUCCUGCUGAGCUCUCGCCUCUUCAUCGAGCCCCGGGAGCUGCUGGCCCGGGUCUGCCAUCUGUGUAUCAAGCAGCAGCAGCUGGACAAACCGGUGCUGGACAAGGCCCGGGUCCGGAAGUUUGGCCCCAAACUGCUCCAGCUGUUGGCCGAGUGGACGGAGACCUUCCCGCGGGACUUCCAGGAGGAGUCAACCAUCGGGCACCUGAAGGACGUGGUGGGCCGCAUCGCCCCCUGUGAUGAGGCGUACCGCAAGAGAAUGCAUCAGCUCCUGCAGACUCUGCACCAGAAGCUGGCAGCUCUGGGCCAGGGGCCAGAAGGCCUGGUGGGUGCGGAUAAGCCCAUCUCCUACAGGACCAAGCCGCCAGCCUCCAUCCACAGGGCACUCCUUGGCGUCUGCAGCGACCCCUUCAUGCUGGCCCAGCAGCUGACCCAUGUGGAGCUGGAGCGGUUGCGACACAUCGGACCUGAGGAGUUUGUCCAGGCUUUUGUGAACAAGGACCCUCUGGCCAGCACAGAGCCCUGUUUCAGUGACAAGACUAACAACCUGGAGGCUUACGUGAAAUGGUUCAACCGAUUGUGCUACCUUGUAGCGACUGAGAUCUGCAUGCCAGCCAAGAAGAAGCAGAGGGCCCAGGUGAUCGAGUUCUUCAUCGAUGUGGCCCGUGAGUGCUUCAACAUCGGCAACUUCAACUCCCUGAUGGCCAUUAUCUCCGGCAUGAACAUGAGCCCCGUCUCUAGGCUGAAGAAGACCUGGGCCAAAGUGAAGACGGCCAAGUUUUUCAUCCUCGAGCACCAGAUGGACCCAACAGGGAAUUUCUGCAACUACAGGACAGCCCUGCGUGGGGCAGCCCACCGCUCCCUGACUGCCCACAGCAGCCGGGAGAAGAUCGUCAUUCCCUUUUUCAGCCUGCUCAUCAAAGACAUCUACUUCCUUAAUGAGGGCUGUGCCAACCGCCUUCCCAAUGGACAUGUCAACUUUGAGAAAUUUCUGGAGCUGGCCAAGCAGGUUGGAGAGUUCAUCACAUGGAAACAAGUGGAAUGUCCCUUCGAGCAUGACCCCAGCAUCACCCACUACCUGUACACUGCCCCCAUCUUCAGUGAGGACGGUCUUUAUUUGGCUUCUUAUGAAAGUGAGAGUCCAGAGAAUCAAACAGAAAAAGAGAGGUGGAAAUCGCUAAGAUCUUCUAUUUUGGGGAAGACAUGA